AUGAUUGAAAUUGAAGUAAAAAACAGGCUCCACAGCAGUAUCUUUCAUCCUUAUCUACGAGAAUGGCAUUCAAAAAAUCUCCAAUUAACUCCAGCAAAUCUUAUGUAUCCAAUAUUUAUUUUAGAUGUUCCUGAUGAAAAAAAUGAAAUCGCCAGUAUGCCAGGCAUAUACAGAUAUGGAAUCAACCAUCUGAAGCAAAUGCUUCAGCCUUUAGUAGCCAAAGGAUUACGAUCUGUACUUUUAUUUGGAGUUAUUAAUGAUGAACUAAAGAAUCCAAUUGGAACAAAUGCUGAUUGCAGUGAUAAUCCGAUUAUUAAAGCAGUGCCGUUGUUACAUAAAUGGUUUCCUGAUUUAGUGAUCGCGUGUGAUGUAUGUUUGUGUCCUUACACAAAUCACGGUCACUGUGGAAUUCUUUAUGAAGAUGGCACAAUUAAUAAUAAAGCAAGUAUAAGUAGGAUUGCUGAAAUUGCAGUAUCGUAUGCUAAAGCAGGAGCUCACAUAGUGGCACCAUCAGAUAUGAUGGAUGGUAGAAUAGGAGCUAUAAAAAAAGCUCUUGACAAGGCAGAUCUAGCUCAUAAAGUUGCUGUUUUAUCUUAUGCUGUAAAAUUCGCAUCUGGUUUCUACGGACCUUUUAGAGAUGCGUCAAAGUCAGCUCCUAAAUUUGGUGAUAGAAAAUGUUAUCAGCUACCUCCCAAUAGUACAGGCUUAGCCGCCAGAGCUGCUGCACGAGAUGUUGCUGAAGGGGCUGAUAUGUUGAUGGUUAAACCGGGAAUUGCUUAUUUAGAUAUUGUUCGUAAAACAAAAGAUACUUAUCCAGAUUAUCCGUUAUUUAUUUAUCAAGUAUCUGGUGAAUAUGCUAUGAUAUAUCAUGCUGCUCAAAAUAAUGCUAUUAAUCUUAAAGAUGUGCUCACUGAAAUAUUAACUUCAAUGCAGCGAGCAGGUGCUGAUUGUAUUAUUACUUAUUUUACUCCUUAUAUUUUAGAUAUUUUGAUUCCAAAGAGUAAAUAUUGA